AGCGCGGAAAACUACAGCUCCCGGAAAUCAGCCCGCCGUGCGCCUGCGCGUUUUAGCCAGCGAGAGAGGAAGACUACACGCGAGAGGCUCGUGAUAGGACGCGCGGGGUAAGGACUACACGUCCCAGGUGGUACACCUCCCAGAAAGGGCAUGCGCCGUCGACUUUUCAAAGGCUUUUAAAUUCGCGUGCAAAAUGGCUGCGCAGGUCGACUUGGUGCGUGUUAAAGUGGAGGAAAAGCCUAGGGACGGUGUGGAGGCGGCGAGCAAAGAGAAGAAGAAGAAGAAGAAGAAACGAGAGCACUCGCCGUGCACGGAGAAGAAUUCGAGACCGGAAAAGGAGGCGAAAAAAAUGAAGCUACAUCACCACCAUCACCAAAAUGCUCAACAACAGCGAGUACCUCAGCAGCAGCAACAGAAGACUUCUCACGGGAUAAACUUCAGCAGCAAUGAGCAAGCGCCUGUUCAGCACCGCAAUCACCACCAUCACAACAACCACCACGGCCUGAAGAAGGACGCGGCUAUGGUUUGGCCGCCUCGAAAGGCGACACCGCUGCCUCACAAACCUGCUCCCGCUCCGCUCUUCACUUUCACUCCGCUUAAAGUAGCGAAGGCCGAGAGCCACCACAGCACCAAGCCCCAGAAACACCCGGAGAAGGACCCCGUCAGGCUGAAACCUAAGAAGGAAAACGCAGAGGUUAACGUGAAAGUCGGUUCCUGUAAGAAGCAGACAGAGCCUAAUAAUGAGAAUGGAAAGCCUCAGACCUUGGAGGAGUACCUGCUGAAAAAGAAGAAGAAAAAGAAGAGGCACCGGGAAGACGAGCAGCGCAGCAAGCGAUUGCAGACGUCUGACAAGGGGAUUCAGACCGAUGACUGCUCUUCUUCUGCCGAUGGCGAGACUGUCCUCUCCAACAUCAAAGAUGAAGCACUCGAUCACGUUGGCUCGAACGAGGGUUCGGGUUCACCUUUCCUCUCGCAUCAUGACCACUCCAUUCGCAGCUCAUACCUGAAGACAAGCUCAUGUUUUAGCAGGCUCAUUCACGAGGAGGUGCAGCCCAAUGGCGGGGCAUCCAUUCUGCACGCGUAUGCCGAUGAACUCUCGCUCUUGCAGCCUGGCGAGAAGGAGAGGUUUGCGUGCGAGUUCCUCGAGAUGGCUUUUAGUGAAAUUUCCAAAGGAGCGGCACGGUAUGCACUUUCUGUGGUCCAUGGUGCUGCUGCCUACCUCCCUGACUUCUUGGAUUACUUUGCCUUCAAUUUCCCCAACACACCGGUCAAGAUGGAGAUUCUCGGAAAGAAGGACAUCGAGACCACCACUAUCUCCAAGUUUCACUCCCAGGUGAGUCGAACAUACUGCUCUGGGACAUAUCGAGCUGGCCCCAUGAGACAGAUCAGCCUGGUCGGGGCCGUGGACGAGGAAGUAGGGGAUUAUUUCCCGGAAUUCCUGGACAUGCUGGAGGAAUCGCCAUUCCUCAAGAUGACCUUACCAUGGGGCGCCCUGUCCAGUCUGAAGCUGGACUGUCGCUCGCAGAGUGACGACGGGCCCAUCAUGUGGGUUAGACCGGGAGAGCAGAUGGUUCCCACGGCUGAUAUGCCCAAAUCUCCAUUUAAGAGGCGCAGGUCCAUGAACGAGAUCAAGAACCUGCACUACCUGCCGAGGACGAGCGAGCCACGUGAGAUUCUGUUUGAGGACCGGACGAGAGCGCACGCCGAUCACGUCGGCCAGAGUUUCGACUGGCAGAGCACGGCCGCUGUGGGCGUCCUCAAAGCCGUGCAGUUUGGAGAGUGGAGUGACCGGCCGAGGAUAACCAAAGAUGUUGUGUGUUUUCAUGCAGAGGACUUUAACGACGUCGUGCAGAGGCUUCAGCUCGACCUGUACGAACCGCCUGUAUCCCAGUGUGUGCAGUGGGUGGACGAUGCGAAGUUGAACCAGCUGCGGCGCGAGGGCAUCCGGUACGCGCGCUUGCAGCUGUGCGACGAUGACAUCUAUUUCAUCCCGCGCAACGUCAUCCACCAGUUUAAGACGGUGUCGGCCGUGUGCAGCCUGGCGUGGCACAUCCGCCUCCAGCAGUACCAUCAAGAAAAAGAGCCAGAGGAAGCACGCAAACCCAGCUCGCCCAUGCCUGACAAGCCUGCUGACCAGCAGUCGGACACGGUGCACCCACCUCAAGCGGACACUUUGCGCCCAGAGAGCGCACCUUCACUCGACACCACUUCUGAAGCUCCGACAGUUCCUCAGGCUUCCCUCCACCCAGCUCCAGGUGACUCCCUCAGCAGCAGCAACCUUCACUGAUUUCUACAGGUGACUGAUGAUGAUUAACAGGUGAUCAGUUUCACCUGUUAAUCCAUUUAACAAACUUGACUGACAUUCCAGGAACGGAUUUGGACUGUCCAACAAAAGCAAGACUCUAAAAGUCUGACGAAUAUGAAUAUAUAUAUAUAUAAUAUUUUAUUUUAUUUUUCUUUUUAAAAGAAAAACAUUUUGUUUAAGAAACAACCCCUGUAAGUACUUCUUAAUUUUUUUUUCACUCAGCCAAAAUAUUUAAUUUUAAUAAUCUUGUUUUGCUGAUUUGUUCAGUAUUGUUUUAUAUUCGUUUAUAUCUGAAAUGGAGCUUCUUUCAAGAGGAAAUCUUCAUUAUCGUCUACCAAACUGUGCAUCAUGUGGAUCAGUUAAUUGGUUUUUGCAAAAAGGAAGAAGUGCCUAUCAACAAUCAUGUCUCCUAAAGAAGAACAAUGUCCUGUUCAUUUCUGUGCUUAUUUGUUUAAAAAUUUCAAUGUAUUUUAUCCCAGUUGGAGAAUCGAUAUCCGUGAUUUACAGAGAAGGAUUGAUUCUGAAUUUGUUUUAUGAUGUCCAGCAUGGAAAGAAAAUUUGUGUCCAAACGAGUAAUAAAAUAACAACUGUUCCCAAAGAGUUCCCAAAGGCUGUGCAAAGCUGGAUCUUGAGAUGUUUAACUGUCUAAUUUCCUAGCAAUGGCUUCUCUCUCUGGACGUUUCUUUGAUACGAAUUUCUCAGGGUCUCUCUUCAUUGGAGUUUUUUUUUUUAUUUUUAUUGGACAUUAUGGGUAAAUUUGUUACAGUGCCACAACUGGAUCAUGUUUAUAACAGGAAUACAUGUGUACUGCACAAGUCUUUCACUAAAGCUUCCUCUGAAUUUACUUUCAGAUGCAGAUCACAAGCUCAAAUAUGUUUUUAUAAAAAAGAAGAAAAGAAACAUUUCUUAAGUUGGCGUGUAUUAAUUAAAUGACUCAUGUGCUAAACCAUUAAAAGGUUAAUCAGGGGUGGACAAAUCAGCAGCCCGGACACCUAGGACAAGCAGAUUUAUUCAUUCCAUGUUGGCCAUGAUGAGUUGGGCAAAAUUCAGCAACCAGAACAGAAACAAAACCUACUACUCCUUUUCGGUUUUCCAAAAAAAAAGGUUUACUUUGGUGUGCAGGAUUUGUUUAAGCUUCACAGUGGUGCUCCAGCACACCGUACGCACUACACACACACACCACACAAGACACAAUCUGGCUAACGAUAGAAAAAUUGUUUUUGUUUAUUUAUUUUUUAUGGAUGACACAAUCUUUUGGGAAUCAGGAACAUCGCUACCUAAUCAUAUUGACAGAAAAUACAGACACUAGCUAGACUCAAAUAAAUAUAUACUGACGGGACAAAGGACAGAGCAGUAAGCACAGAACAAAUCUUAACGCUCCUCAAAUACUGACUUUUCUCUCGUUUCAAUUCAUUUGUGUUAGUGGUGUGAACCUCAGAUUUACAGAUACGGAUCAGGCAAACGAUGCGGUGCAAUUUUUUUCCUUUUUAAAGGAAAAACUUUUUGCUCAAGAAACAACCCCUGUAAGCACUUAAUUUUUUUAUUUAUUUUUUCACUCCGCCGAAGUAUUUCAUUUUCAUCGUUAAAUAUACUAAAACGGAUAAUCUGAUGCGGUUUGAUUUAGUAUUUUCUAGUAGAUACGUGAACAACUUUGUUCAGAACCUGUGCUAGGCCAACCGUUAAUUCAUGUGACUCGAGUGAUGGUGUUGUAGAGAGAGGCUAUAUUAAGUAUCACCAUGCUAGCGAAUUAUAUAUUAUAUUAUUUACAUUAUAUUAUUAUUUGUCGGUCCUUUUUCGAAUCGAUUUGUAUUCAGUUUAUGAUCGUUCCAGAUCAUCCAAUCGUUCCAUCCCUUCUAUGUAUCAAUAAACUUAGCUACCUUUUUGUUUUUUAUAAAGUCUAGUUAGUUUCCAGGUAACCAAAACCUAGGACUGGGCAGCACACUAUUCUAGCUAAUAUGGAUCUGAUUUUUCCACCCCUGCAUAUUGGAUCCUCAUUAUUGUCAGAGUGUCUCAUUAUAUAUAUAUAUAUCUCAAUCAACACUCAAAUUAUACAAAUGUGAACCUUUUUUAAACCUGAGCUUCCUCACUGGCUGGUAGAUUUGCCUUUUUGGUCACUGGCCAGUUUCCUGUUUGUCAGAACUGAUGGUUGCAAUUUCUUUCCCCCAAAACGUUUAUUUGACACGGCACUCGUUUACCUCUUUGGAAACUAGCCCGAGUUUCUAAAACGUCAUUCAUGAAGGAAAUGAUGACGAGUCUUUUAAUGACGCAACGUUUUACGAUGUACUGUUUUUACUCAUGACUGCUUCUGUUCUAAAAGCCCUCAUUUCCUAAAGUGUUUAUCUUAUUUAUGUAUGUUAAUAGGAGAUACAGGAUGUUUUUGUUUCUUCUGUGAAUUUGAAAGGUAGAACUGAACAUUUUUAGGAAAUGUAGAGAGCAAGUAGUCGGUGCUGUUUUUACCAUUUCUGUGUUGCACAUGUCGCUAAGGUCAUCAUUUAACACUGAAAUGACUUUUAUGACUGUACAGUAACCCUUUUUUUUUUUUUUUUUAUUUUUUUAAAAUUAAACCUAACUGUGUGUCAUCUGUUAACAUCCAGCUUGGAAUGUAAUUUAUUUUUACACCAGCAAGACAAAUUGUUAAAGCUUGCUGCAUCGGUCACUUACUCAAUUUUUUGACAUUGCUAUAACUUUUUAACCUUGUCUCAUAGUCUAGGAAAUCAAAAUGUAGGUUUUCAAAAAAACACAACAGCUACAAAAAAAAGUGUACCUACACCUGGCUCAUGGUUGGCAUUUAAAAAUUAAAAAAAAAAAAUAAUCAUGUUCUUAUAAAAAAAAAAAAACCAAGCAGGUUCCGUAUGCAAUAUGCUAAGAAGAAUAUUUCUCAGUCCCGAAUGUUCUACUGAAUGGGACGCAGGGGUCGUGAGCGUUUUAAAGUCUCCACAAUAAUGUGCUUUGUGAGCAUUGUGAUAUUGUCGAACUGAUGAUCGGUUAAACACGUCUUUCUCUGAUGCAGUAAUCGCCUCGUAGAUCCAAAUGAGUGCCUUUUUACACGUCUAACACUCAGCGUGUGUUCUUACUCGGAGGUGUCGGACACGGCGGCGCUGCACAGAGUCAAGUCUAGCAAUAAUUUCUCUACUCGUGAUUUAGCUAGACCUUUAGUCAAUCUGUACCAAGAGUAACUUAUUUCAUCUAAAAACAGGUGAGAAAUGUAACUGUUGGCUGUUGUAAAACGUUUCUUUCAGGACUAUUUUUUGUGUCUCGCAUGAAUUCCAGCAACGAUGCGAGUUUAAUAAUCACUUCUUAUGGUGCAUUUUCUGGAAAGAAUGAAAUUCCAACCUGGCAAUUUUAGCAGCUUGCCUUUUUUUUUUUUUUUUUUUUUUUUUUUUUUUUUUUUUUUUUUUUUU